CUUGCAGAUUCACUCGUGCCCUUGGAGGUUAAGCCUGGUAUUUCCUUAGCAACAGUUUCUGCUGUAUUGCAUACUAAAGACAACAAGCAUGUUCUGCAGCUCCCCCCAAAGCCUCCUCAACCUCCCACCAGCAAGAAGAGAAAGCGAGUGAGUGAUGACGUGCCGGAGUGUAAACCUUUGAAGCCGUUGCUGAGCGGCUCCAUUCCUGUGGACCAGUUUGUGCAGACACUCGAGAAGCAUGGUUUCAGUGACGUGAAGGUGGAGGACACAGCCAAGGGUCACAUCGUACUCCUCCAAGAGGCAGAAACCCUCAUUCAGAUUGAAGAGGACUCCACACACAUCAUCUGUGACAACGAUGAACCUUUGAGGGUGAAGCUGCGUGACCUGGUUCUCAAAUUCCUGCAGAAAUUUUAGCUCAUGGACAUCAUGCUGCUCUGCAAGGAGAGACCAGAGAUAAGAGCUUUCCAGAGGGUGACCACAGGGAGAGAGAAUUUCUUGAUUCAAAGAGACCAGAAACCACCUUCCCCUUCAUAGAGACGCAAGGAAGUAUUUUUAAUAUCUUAUCUAUUUUUUAAAUUUUAUUUUUAACUGGUUUUGGAAUACUUUGGAGGAGAUUCCUGUUCUGUAAAAUUGGGAGUUGGAAUGUUAUAGCAGAUACAGACUGCAGAGUAAAUUAACUAGAGUGUAUAUUUACCAGGU